CGCCCGUCGGUCUCCGCCAACCGGUGACUACAUACCGCAGCUGGCCGACGUCAGCGCGGGGCUUUUGCUUCUACCGUCCGUGUCGCGUUAGACGUCAGAGGAGAGAUGGGCGACGCGGGCUUAUAAACGACGCGACUCCGCUCGAUGAGCUCACGCCGACUCCCCGAGUCCGCAACCUUGCUAACGGUUAGCUUGUUUUGCUAACGCCGCCGUUCCUCGGGACCAGCCUCCCCUCUCUCUCUCUCUCUCUCUCUCUCUCCCCCCCUUCUUUCCUCAGCUCUGCCGUCAAGUGACCAGUGACCUAAAUCGUUGAGAUCGCCCUCCUCCUCCUCCCCCCCUCCUCCUCCCCCCCGUUGGAUGGGACUCCGGGCACCUGUUAACCAUGAGUAACAGCCACCCUCUGCGCCCCUUGGCCUCCGUGUCGGAGAUAGACCACAUCCACCUGCUGUCCGAGCAGCUGGGCGCCCUGGUGCCCGGCGAGGAGUACAGCGACGUUACCUUCGUCGUGGAGGAGAAGCGUUUCCCGGCGCACCGGGUGAUCCUCGCAGCCCGCUGCCACUAUUUCCGGGCCCUGCUGUACGGCGGCAUGAAGGAGUCCCAGCCUCAGGCGGAGGUGUGCCUGGAGGAGACGCGGGCGGAGGCCUUCUCCAUGCUUCUCCACUACCUCUACACAGGCCGGGCCAGCCUCAGCUCCGCCCGAGAGGAGGUGCUCCUGGACUUCUUGGGUCUCGCUCACCGUUAUGGGCUGCAGCCGCUGGAGGACUCCACCUCCGAGUUCCUCCGCACCAUCCUGCACACCAACAACGUCUGCCUGGUCUUUGAUGUGGCCAGCCUCUACUCUCUGAGCGCGCUCAGUGCAGCCUGCUGCGCCUACAUGGACAGACAUGCUCCUGAAGUGUUGAGCUCAGAUGGCUUUCUGACGCUGUCUAAGGCUGCUUUAUUGACUGUGGUGAGGAGGGACUCAUUUGCGGCCAGUGAGCGGGAGAUCUUCCAGGCCCUUUGCCGCUGGUGCCGUCACCAUGGAGAGGGGGCGGCCACACAGGAAGUGAUGUCAGCAGUGCGGCUGCCGUUGAUGAGCCUGACGGAGAUGCUGAAUGUGGUGCGUCCAACUGGGCUGCUCAGCCCUGAUGACUUGCUGGACGCCAUCAAGACCCGUUCGGAGAGCCGCGACAUGGACCUCAACUACCGCGGGAUGCUCAUCCCAGAGGAAAACAUUGCUACCAUGAAGUACGGAGCGCAGGUGGUGAAAGGCGAGCUGAAGUCGGCGCUGCUAGACGGGGACACUCAGAACUACGACCUGGACCACGGCUUCUCCAGACACCCCAUCGAGGAGGACGGCCGGGCGGGUAUCCAGGUCAAACUGGGCCAGCCCUCCAUCAUCAACCACAUUCGCCUCCUGCUGUGGGACAGAGACAGCCGGUCUUACUCCUACUACAUCGAGGUUUCUAUGGAUGAGCUGGACUGGGUGCGUGUGGUGGACCACUCGAAGUACCUCUGUCGCUCUUGGCAGAACCUCUACUUCACGCCGCGGGUGUGCCGGUACGUGCGCAUUGUGGGGACUCACAACACAGUCAACAAGGUCUUCCACCUGGUGGCUUUCGAGUGCAUGUUCACCAACCGCCCGUUUACUCUGGACAACGGCCUUUUGGUCCCCAGUGAGAACGUGGCGACCGUCGCCGCCUGCUCUAGCGUCAUCGAAGGCGUCAGCCGCAGCAGAAAUGCCUUGCUCAACGGAGACACGCGCAAUUAUGACUGGGACUCCGGCUACACCUGCCACCAGCUCGGCUCGGGGGCUAUUGUGAUCCAGCUUGCCCAGCCCUACACCAUAGAAUCCUUAAGGUUGCUCCUGUGGGACUGUGACGAGCGCUCCUACAGUUACUACAUCGAGGUCUCCACCAAUCAGCAGCAAUGGACCAAGGUGGUGGACCGCACCAAGGUGGCAUGCAGGUCUUGGCAGACACUCAAGUUUGACAAACAGCCCGCCUCCUUCGUCCGUAUCGUGGGGACUCACAACACAGCCAACGAGGUGUUCCACUGCGUCCACUUUGAGUGCCCGACCCAGUUGGAGAACGUGGUGAACGAGGGCAGCCCGGGCCUGGAUUACCUUGAGGAUGGUGCCACCGCCCCCCAGCCACGACCUCCACGACCUUCACGCACACACAGUCUGCUCCCCUCUCAGCCCUCCCAGUCGUCCUCUUCCUCAUCACAAUCCCACCACUGAGAGAAGUCAUAUCUCUCUCUGUCUCUCUCUCUCUCUCUCUGUCUCUCUAUCUCUUUCUGUGUCUCUCUAAGGUGGUCAGAGGGAGGGUGAAGCUCACAUUGCCGUUUUGCACAGCCCCCCCCUCCAGUCAUUCAGACUGUGCUGCUACGACGCUGCUAAUGCAUUGGUUUUGUCAGAAUAACCCCGCAAUCCUCGUCUGCAAUCAUAAACACAACUAGCACAGCAUUGUGUAUUCAGAGCAGCAACAUUCUAGCAUUGUGAGCCAGACCGAUUUUUCUCAGGUGAUGCGACCUCUCCGUCACUUAGACCAGUUUUAACGAAGUGGAUGCUCUAAUCACAGUUGGGAUGCGGUACAGCAUAACUGUAAACGGCAACAGCACUGGUAAAUGGUGGCGUAAGUUGUGUCAAGGAAGCCAGAUCGUAGAGGAAGUCACAUGACAUGGCUACAGUGUGUCUUGUUGUCAUGCUAACUGUAAGCUGUAUGACAUUGUAAGGUGUAUGACUCUGUUUGUGUUGCUUACAAUUGUACCCCCGCUGCUCCUUAGGUCAUUCUCAGGAUCUGUAUUUGGACCGUCCACUUUGCGGACAGAGUUACCUUUUGGAAAUUUCUUUCUCAGUGAGUGGGAGGACAGACACAAUUGCCCAAGAAAGAUUAUUGUAAUCUGGCUCACAAGGCUAGCAACAUUCAGGGCUCCAGUCUUGUAAGAACUUAAAACAUAAUGAAGGAAAAACAUUUUUUUUUUUUUUUUGGUCAGUUGGCCCAAAAUGAUACUAGCUGCCAGUGCAAUGACAAGGUUUUCAUUCCUCAAAGCCCAAACAGGCAAGGUGUGAUAUGUACUUACUGUCCAAAGAUGAGGCGUACACUGCAAUACGGUUAUUCCACCAAAGAAGCCACAGAGGGAAAUUAUGGUUAUUCCAUCGGAGAGGACAUGGAAUAAUAGAGGUUUCAUUCCAAAACGAUAAAUCCAUUUUGCUACCUGAAAUUUUUGCUAACUGAGUCCAUUAUUUGAAAAGAAAAAAGGAAAAAAAAAAAAAAAGAAUAAUGUUGGGUUCCCAUCCUCAAAUCCAGUUAUUUUCAAAAUAGGGGUCUUAAGAGGAUUCAGAAUUCUAAUAGUAUCCUUCAAUGUUAUUUAACUUCUUGGCAGCUAUCAUAUUGUCAGACUAUGUCUUUAUUUUUCAAAUAAUCGGAUGUCGGAUUUUGGAAUGAACCUCUUGAAACUGUUGCUUUUUGGCCUCUGAGGCGACUUCCGGAGAUGUUUGUAUGCAGAUGACACUAAUUUUGAUCCUAUAUAAACUAUUGUGUGUCCGUUAGCAUCCUUUCACAAGCAAGAACAAAAUCUGUGAACCUCAGGUGGUGUGACUUUUUCAUACUUUUGUAAUUCAUAAUUCUUGCCUCACGCAAAUCUUACUAAAAGUAGAUCGGACUAAAUUUGGGGUCCUGCGUUAGUAUUGAUCAGCACAAAUGAUUUGAUGAAAACUCUUAAGCGUACAUUUGUAAAUUGGUGUUGAGGCGCUUGGACCAAACUAUUAAUGCACUGGCGUCUUAGGAGUCAUGGUUGAGCAACUGUUUAUGGCACUUUAUUGCACUCAAGUGUACUGGGAAAAAAAAAAAAGGAAAGAAAGACAUUUGAAGUCCUCGGAUAUAGAAACACAAUACUGGAGUGCCGGAUGUGAUCAACCUAUUUGUUUUUGUACAUUACAGAACUAAUUUAAAGAUUUUCAUGCUUUUUCUCUUUCAUGUCCAGUCAGUUGACGGCGUUGUUUUUGUUUUGUUUGUUGGGUUUUAAGCUGUCAGUGCUGUGGUCCCCAUGUCUCCUGUCCUUUUUAACUUUUGCAUCCUCUCUGCUCUGAUGUUGCACUUUUGAGUUUAGUUUUUGAAACGUGUUACUUGGUGUUGAAAGACCCAAACCAAUCCACGAGGCCCCCGCCUCCUCCGGUUACAUCCCCGAUGACGUGUCUUUACAUCUGGCUUUGUUAUUUAGGAUCAUAGAUUUGAUACGUCUUCCUCGGCAGUUGGCUAGAGAACCGAACGAGAACCAUUUUGAUGUGGUUAGAAGUUGUUGUAGAGAACUGAAUUUCCCCCGACUCUCAUCUGGUAUUUAUCUGGGUUUAAUAUGUAUUUGACUGGUUUUGCUUAAUAUAUUUACCUGUAGUUUUGA